UCGAAGGGUUUCCCCUCGUCUGGAUCUCAGCCGCCGCACCCGAAACACGCCCAGAGCGCCCUCUGGAUCUGGCUGACGCACGAAGUGGCUCAAAGCAAAGAGCGCGAAGGAGCGCCCUCCGGAUCUGGCUGACGUUUGGUCCAUGGAGAAUGAGUCAAGAUAAGGCCGAAAGAUUUUUCCUCGCAAUGGUGUCUGCGCAAGUCCUAAUUUUUUUUUUGGUCUCGUCGUUUCAGUUCAACGAGCAAAAGAAGUUUAACGUUCCUCCAAGCUGCAGGAGUGAUGACCCUGAGGUAAACAGAUUGAACGACAACUUGGCUGUCUACUACGGGGCCAUGGCAACCUGCAGGGAGAACGUGCACGCUCUGCUGGUGGAAGAGCUCCAGGACAGUAACGUGGGUCUGAAGCAAGCUGAGGCAAGGUAUGAGGGAAUGAAGGUGACCGCGCGCAGGAUGGCACAAAUUACAAAUAGGCUGGGCAAGCCGAUGCCUUUCCCUUCCCACUUUAAGCAUGCCGUGAAGCUGUAGAUUAGUUGGAAGUAUGAAUGAGGUGAGAACGGUACGAGAAUUCUGUUCUGUAGACUGUUAAAUUGGGAGUAGACUGUUAACUUGGGAGUAUGGAUGACCGGAGAGGAAUUCUGUUCUGUAGACUGGUUGCAUUUGAACUUUCAGCAUUUCUAGAGAACCAAUAUGAUUGGAUUUUGUGAUAUAAAAUUCGGCAAGUCUGGUUGGA